AAUAGCUCAGAAAUUUUAUUCAAUUCUUCAGUAUGUUCAGUAUAAGGCGACACUUAAAUUUUAUUUUAUUGUCUUUUUUUCAUUCCACUGCGUUCAUUUAACGAUCCAAACAAAGAACAUAAAUAAAUACAAGAACCAGAAAUUUAAAAAGACUAAAAAAGUUUUGUUGCUUAUCUAUGGUAUAUGUUUGAGUUUAAACUUACAGUUUAAUACUCAGUCUACAAUCCUGAUGGGAUUCAUUAUCGGUAUAUUUUUGUCCGUCGGUCAUGUAAUUUCACAACAAAUCAGAUGUUUGGGUUUAUUGUCAAUGCCAACUUUCUGUGAUAAGUCUGGUCAACGAGUUUUGGUGACAUUGAUAUUCGCAUAUGUCAUCGGAGGACCUAUGAAUAACAUCGCAGUUAACGGAUCCGAAGUCAUUAGGGUAUUUACCUGCUCAGGAUCGUUAGCGUACAACUUGACCAAGACUAGAUACGAAUUGAUGUUCAAGCCGUUUCAAGAAGCUAUAUUCAAUCUUAGAGCAGAUACAAAUGAAGUAAAAGAAACUAUAAAUUCCGUAAACGACGUGAUUGAUCCAAUUAAACAAGAAUUCGAAUCGGAUGAAGAAGAAAUUGUAUUGCACGAAAGUAACGACUACUUGGAUGAUAUUCAAGGAUCAUCAAAAUUGGACGAUGAUAUCAAAAAACGAUACAAAGUACCGGAACCGGAAGAAGUAGAAAAAAUGUAUAAAGACAAACUGCGAAGGAAAUGCGAAAGUAUCAUAAGAGCAGCAGAUGAAAAAUGUAAGGCAGCAUUUGGAAAAGCGCACAAUUCCUGUAAGGAUUCAUUACACUGGUCAGUGUCAUGGGCCUUAUGUUGGCCAAUGCAAAUAACUUUCGUGUGCAAUCUUACGCCUCUCUUUGGCGGAGGUGACAUUUGCAAUCCUGAAAAAUCGGUUAAUUCUGGUUUUGGAAAAGGAUAUGUGUACUUGACUAAAGCAAAAGAUGAGCUUAGACGAGAAUUUCUAAACGUAAAAAUCAAUUACAAGUUGAAUAAACCGAAAAUAAUGCCUGAGCAUUUCAAAGAAACUUAUGAUGCAACGACAGAUCUAUUAAUGGAAUUCCGUGAAAAAAGAGAUGCAGCUGAAGUAUUAUUUUUAUUUUCUCGGCGUUUUUUGGCUUUUUCUUUUCUCAAAGUUAUUUUAGAUAGUCACCAUUACCUACACAAAUACCUCACAGACAUAGAACAUGACAAUAUGUACAUCAGUAAGUAUUUCCGAAAAAUCGAUGGUCGCAGAAAGAAAAAAAACCAACACACAUUAUUGCCAUUGAAAAAAACCGAAAAAAAGAAAUUCAUAAAUCUGAAAAGCAUGAAUUUUGGUAGAUUUGAGCGCAAACACUUGUUUACAUCACUAAUAAAAUUAUUUUUUGAGAUCAUGGCAGCUUCGUCAUUUGUUGUACUGGAUGCUACACUUUAUGAAGCAUUAGACGUAAUAAGAAGACACGCAAGAAUUGACUAUUUCCAAACCGGUCAUCAUGAUAUGAGCAUCAAAGUAAAGGGUACAGGAAUGAUUGCAAAUUUAUUGAGAGCUGUAGUAGAUAGAUUUAAUUUCAAAAAAAAUGUCACUAUUAAUCUAAGCAACGAAGCGUGUUUGCCAAAACCACAUAGAUUGGAUCAUUAUUACAUACAAAAGAUUUAUGGUACAUUUUUCUUGGUUUUCCUAAUGGUCAUAUUCACUGGUUACACUAACCGAAUGAAAAGAUUAAUUUGUGCUGCUUUCUUUCGAAAAAGAGAAAAACGUCGAAUACUCUUCUUAUACAAUGAAACCUUGAGAAAACGAAUUGCCUUUUUCAGAUACAUGAAACACAAAGUAGAAAAAAUGGCUAAAGAAAAUAAACUCAAAGAGGAUCUUAAUGUAUUUUUAAUACUACGAUUCAAAUUUCCAAAAAUAUUUGGUUGGUUAGCAUGGAGUACUUAUGGUCGUCGUAAAUGUCUUAUAUGUGGCGAACCAGAAACAAUGGAUGGAAAGAAAUAUGGUUGCAACACGGAAGGCUGUGUUUACAUUCAUUGUGAACAAUGCUGGUCCGAUGUAGGCAUAUGUUAUGGCUGUUCUGAAGUAUUCAAGAAGAAUGAUAACUAUAAUGAUGUUCAAAACACACCUGAAGGAUAUAUUGACACGGGCUAUUCAGAAUAA